CGGUCAGCUCGUCGAACAGAGCUGAUCUUCCAUAGCCAGCAUGGUGUUCGGACCAUUCGGUGUUUCACUUGCACCUCAGAUUCGUGCUUCUCGCACGCUUUCGAAAUUCUUUGCUCCAUUGGCUCAGUCAUUUGCCAGAAUAUCCGGUCAUCGCCAGAUGGGUCUCCGGUAUGACGACCUUUUGAUUGAGGAGCGGGAUGAUGUUGCGAAGGCCCUCCAGCGUUUAUCGCCUGCCGAGCAAUAUGAUCGUGCCUGGCGUAUACGCCGGGCAGUCCAGCUCUCUAUUCUUCACCAAAACUUGCCAAAAGACCAAUGGACUCCCGUUAAGGAGGAUACCCGAUAUCUUACGCCUGUUAUUGAAAAUGUUGUGAAGGAGGACGAAGAGCGCAAGUUCUGGGACAAUGUCGAGCCUAUUCGAGCAUAAUUGUAAUCAUAUCAGCUUCAGUAUCCUAUUAUGUACCUUAUUCUUUAAAACCCAACCUUCGCCUAUUCCUUUGUGCGUUCUACAUGGGCCAUGCUUCCUGCAUGGCGCCCUCAAGUCAGCACUCAUUCGGAAUGCUAUGGGUUUCUCUUGUUUCGCCAUCAUAUUUAUCCCGUUACCAAAGACUGCAACAGAACCGAUUCACAACCGUUCUCAAAGUAUCUAUUUUUGUCUUGCUGACUCCAAUGGGCCAUGGAUGGAUGGAUGGAUGGAUGGAUUCAUUUUAGAGUACGUAACCGUGCCUAUCGGCAUAUGCCGUACUAUAGUGACUCGGGUGAAAAAAGUUUGGA